AUGAAUAUUGUUCUAAAAGGAGAAUAACCAUAUUUAGAAUAACAACGUAAAUCAACUAUCAGUCCAGAAACUGGAAAGUAGAUAUAAAAUAUACUACAUCGAAGAAUUAAUUAUUCAUAGGCUGAUUUGAUUACUCCAAUUGCAAUCAAAUAAAGUCAUAAAAAAUAAGCAAUCAGUUAAGGAUUACAAUAAUUACUUAAAUCUAGUCCUUAUUCUAAAUUAGUAUCAUAAAAGUCAUAGCAAUAAUUAUAAUAUUAAGACAGUUUUUCUUAAUAAUAUCUGAAUGGUUAUACUCCAACUUAACAAUAAUCUUAGUUAUUGUUUAAACCUGAUGUCAGAACACCUUCUACUACAUCUAGUAGCAUUAAACCAAGAAUGAGAAAUCAAAUUAAGGAUUCUUUAUAAAAAAAAUCAUUUGAUUCAUGUAAUGCAAUGUCUUUUAGAGAAAAAGAUAAGUAAACAAUAACUUAACUUCAAAAUAUAAUAUAGAGAACAUCUAUAUUAUUAUUAUCUUAUAAAGAAUAAUUAGAAAAAAAUAUUUUAGAAAAAUAAGAUUUGAUAAAGUAAAUUGAGAAUUUAGAAUAAAAUAAGACAAAAAAAUGA